AUGGACAGGAAAAGCGCAAUCGUAGUGGCCUUGAUCUGCAUUGUCGUCGCCGGCGUCGGAGGCCAAAAUCCGACUUCCGCGCCGACAAAGUCUCCAGCGACACCCACCACCACUGCUCCAGCCACGUCCCCAGCCGCCGCGCCGACAAAGCCAAAGUCUCCAGCUCCAGUUGCCUCUCCAACUUCAACUCCUCCGGCUUCAUCUCCGGUCUCAGCUCCACCAAAACCAGCGGCGCCAGCUCCAGCCGCGAAUCCGCCAGCAUCCACACCCCCGGCGGCGGCUCCAGUGAGCUCUCCACCGGCUCCUGUUCCCGUGAGCUCCCCUCCAGCUCCUGUUCCGGUCAGCUCUCCGCCGGAGAAAACUCCACCAGUUUCAUCGCCGACAACAUCACCGAUGACCUCUCCUCCGGCCGCUCCUGUUGCCGCGCCAGUGGCAGAAGUUCCGGCUCCGGCUCCGGCUAAGAGCAAGAAGAAGAGUAAGAAGCACAAGUCUUCGGCGCCUGCGCCGGCUCCGGAGCUGCUCGGCCCCCCUGCGCCGCCGACGGAAGCCCCCGGACCGAGCUCAGACGCUUCCUCUCCCGGUCCUUCCUCGGCCGACGACGUGAGUGGAGCCGAAACGAUCAUCAGCAGUGUGCACAAGUUGUUGGGGGGCAUUGCAUUGGGAUGGGCGGUGCUCGCUUUGAUCCUCUAGAGAGAGACACUUCUCAUUAUUGUCGUUAUUAUUUUAAUCAUUUUUUUUUAAAAACCCUCAUGUUCUUCUCUCUAUAAGUACUGUGGACUUAUUAGUUUAUUCAACAUUUUAUUUACCAUUUGUUUUUCUAUAAACUAAUGGUGGAUUUGAUUCGUUUUUGGGAUUUGCCACACACAUUAAUAUUGCUUGUAUUCUUUUGGAAGACUUAUGAGUAGAGUGUGAGGGGAAAUACUUGUUCUUACUUUUUGUAUUGAGUUUAAUUUUUACCUUCUAUUUUUUGGGUAAUUA